AUGACUUUUUAUCUUGGAAGUUUUAAUUUGAAAUGUUUAUUUGGUGGUGAUGGCGUUGGUGUGCAUGCAGAUGGUAAAGUGAGAUCAAGACUUUCUGGCUCUGGUAGAAAGGGGAGGAAGCCUAUCUCUGCACGAAAAGGAGGUGAUGUCUUGGGUGAUAUUGGAAACAGGAUACUGAAAAAAGUAACGCCGCCUUGUGAGCAAAGGAGAAAUGUUGGUAUGACAUCCUCUCGGAAUCAAGAAAGACAAGCAUCUGGUGUAAAUAGUUCGAAUACACCAGCAAACCAGGUCACAACUUCUGGUUCAUUGGCCAUUAGUUGGAAUGGUCAAGCAGUGGUGAGAUUUGAAUUGUUUUCUGGGGCUGCAUCAGAAAUUUCGCAAUCGGUUAUUUCUACAGGAGCAGACCAAUCUAACAGCAAACGAGGACUAAAGGUAAUUAUAGCACUAGUCACUUUAUCGGCUGGAAUUGGAGUUUUAAUGGUUACAAUAUGCUGCUGCUUCAAGAGAAAGCUCUCAUCAAGUAAAAUUAUUUGUUUUUGGAAGAAGGAAAAUCAAAACCACAAGAAUAUCGAGGCCUUUUUAAGGAACAAUGGACCUCUUGCCAUUAGAAGAUACAGUUAUUCAGAUAUCAAGAAAAUGACCAACUUCUUUAGAGAUAAAUUAGGAGAAGGGGGCUUUGCUGGUGUCUACAAGGGAAAGUUACAAGAUGGUUCUUUUGUGGCAGUGAAGGUUUUGAAAGAAUCAAAAGGUAAUGGAGAGGAAUUCAUUAACGAGGUUGCAAGCAUUAGUAGGACCUCUCAUGUCAACAUUGUCACUCUUAUGGGCUUUUGCUUUGAGGGUUCUAAAAGAACUCUUAUCUAUGAGUUUAUGCCUAACGGCUCUCUCGAGAAGUUCAUAUACAAAGAAAAUCGCUCCAAGGCUAAUUGUCAAUUGGAAUGGGAGACUAUAUACAAGAUUGCACUUGGCAUUGCUCGUGGACUAGAGUACUUACAUAGAGGUUGCAAUACACGAAUCUUGCAUUUUGACAUAAAACCUCAUAACAUUCUUUUGGAUGAGAAUUUUUGCCCAAAAAUUUCUGAUUUUGGCCUUGCAAAAAUAUGCUCAAAGGAAGAGAGUAUCAUAUCCAUGUUGGGUGCAAGAGGAACUAUAGGAUAUGUAGCUCCAGAACUAGUUUGUAGAAAUAUUGGGGGGGUUUCUCAUAAGUCAGAUGUUUAUAGCUACGGAAUGAUGGUUUUAGAAAUGGUUGGGGGGAGAAAGAAUAUUGAUAUCAGGGUUGAUCAUAGUAGUGAAUUAUUUUUUCCACAUUGGAUUUACAAGCGUCUUGAACUAGAUGAAGAACUUGGAUUGGAGGGCGUUAUGAAUGAAGAGGAUCAAGAAAGAGCAAGGAAGAUGAUAAUAGUGAGUUUGUGGUGCAUACAAACUGACCCCUCAAACCGACCACCAAUGAGUAAAGUUGUGAACAUGCUGGAAGGAAGCCUCGAUUCCUUACAAAUCCCACCCAAGCCUUUCUUCUCUUCCCCACCAAGAUCACUAACAGAUCUUUCAACUACAACGGAGACAUCGCAGGAAGGAGAAGCGAGGCUUGUUGGAGAUGAGCUCCGAAGCACUGCAAACCUCCAAUAAUCAUGAUUAUUAUAGUUUUUCUUAUAUCUAAUGUCAUGACGUCAAAAAGCAUUUUGUUAUUUUCAACACUUUUGUUUUCCUGAAAGUUGUGUAAGUGGUAUUGAUGAUCCAAAAUUUGUAGGUAUGAGGAUUUGGGAUUUGAA